GGUGGCUGCGGAGCUGACAAGAAACUCCUAAAUUUCCUCUGGGAGUGAAGUAGAAUUUCUUAAGAACAUCAUGGGUGGAGAAGAGAAAACCUAUGGUGGCUGUGAAGGCCCUGAUACUAUGUAUGUCAAAUUAAUAUCCUCUGAUGGCCAUGAGUUUAUUGUAAAAAGAGAACACGCAUUAACAUCAGGAACAAUAAAAGCCAUGUUGAGUGGCCCAGGUCAGUUUGCUGAAAAUGAAACCAAUGAAGUCAGUUUUGCAGAGAUCCCUUCACAUGUGCUAUCCAAAUUGUGCAUGUAUUUCAUCUACAAGGUUCCUUACACUAACAGCUCCACCAAGAUUCCUGAAUUCCCAAUUGCAUCGGAAAUUGCAGUGGAUCAGCUAAUGGCUGCCAAUUUCCUUGAUUGUUAA